CUCUUUUUUUUUCUCUCUCCUCCUCCUCUUCCGCCGCGAGUUUCCCCUCUUCUUCUCUCCCCCUCCUCCCCGGGGACGACGCGCGGCCGCCGAUCCCGAUCCGCCGCCGCCCGAUCCGACGAAGCCCCGCCCGAAUCCCCAGCCCGCGUCCCGAUUCGGGGCCAAUUCGAUCCCCGGAGCCCCCCAUCUACCCCCCCACGCCGAUCGGCUCGAUUCGGGGGGGAGGGCUUAAUUGGAUCCCCAAUCUAGCGGCGCGGGCGCGGGGCGCGGGAGGCGGGGAGGGAUUGAGCUAGGGUUUUGGGCGGUCUUCGUCGGCGUGUCGUGUCUGGGUCUUGUGUGCGAUGGCGGAGAGGGGAUGCCUCAAGCGCCUCCAGAAGGAGUACCACUCGCUCUGCAAGGAGCCGCCGCCGCAGAUCGUUGCUCGCCCUUUGCCCAACGACAUAUUGGAGUGGCAUUUUGUACUUGAAGGUAGUGCCGGCACACCAUUUGAAGGUGGAUAUUAUUACGGGAAGCUCAAAUUUCCACCUGAUUAUCCUUUUAAGCCUCCAAGCAUCAGCAUGACAACCCCUAGCGGAAGGUUUGCCCCUCACAAAAGAAUAUGCUUAUCAAUGAGUGAUUUUCACCCAGAAUCUUGGAAUCCUAUGUGGUCUGUAGCAAGCAUUCUCACUGGUCUCCUUUCAUUUAUGAUGGAUGAUGCUCUGACAACUGGAAGCAUAAGGAGUACAGAGGGGGAAAAGAGACGUUUAGCAAAGGCUUCCCUUGCCUACAAUUGUGAGAGCAAAAAUUGCCCUCACUUCAAGAAAAUGUUCCCCGAGUAUGUUGAGAAAUACAACCAACAGAAACAGAUGGAGCAAACCGUGGCAGAACCAGAAACUCAGGAAAACCCUGCCCCAGCACCAUCUCCUGCAGUCCAACAACUGGCCGCAACAAUAGCCAACAAAGCAAAACCUGUGGUGGAGGCCGCAGGCGAGCGGAAACAGAAGAAGCGAGUGCCUAUCUGGAUGAUGCUGGUUAUGUUUUCAGUUUUUGGUGCGGUGAUGGCAUUGCCCCUGAUGCAACUUUGACAAAUAAAAUAAAAGACUAUGAAAGUGUGAUACCGGGGCGUAAUUUUGUAUAGUUUUCCAAGGUUUGCGUAACUCGAUUCUUCUCUGGACUCUACUCUGGUGAUGGUAAAUCUGUAGAACCAUAUCCUCCCUUGACAGAAUCUACAGAACAUCUUUGUUUGUGUUUCCC